ACCUCUCGUAACAAUUUGUUGAUUUAUCGAGUAAACAUGUCGGGUGAGAACUGCUACAAUCUCAUUGACCCUCCUGACGUCAAGCUUCGUCGUACCUCGCAAGAAUUGUUUCUUCAUGGGCCUCGUCCUUCUCUAUCCUUGUUUCCAUCUGUUGUUGUCAAUCUGGCAGCUUCAGCUGCAUGCUGUGUUCCUCUGAGAGAGGAAUUAUUUGUUUGCUUACGAAAUGGAUUUAUUCACCAUAUAUCAUGGGAAGGUCAAGUUCGUGCAGAUUAUUCGAUAAAGCUGUCAGCCGUGCCAUUCGCACACGAUCAACUGCAAUCAAAACCUGAAUAUGUUACAUAUCAUGUCGCACACGUGGUUGACGCCGUGUAUGCUCCCCUUGUUGGUGGAUACUGCAUCGUCCUUUCAGACGGUCGUGCAGCUCUUCUGACAUCCACGGACUCACAGUUCCACCCAAAUAGCAUUCUUGGUGUGUGGGCACUCCACAUGAAGGAUGCGGCUUGCACUGAUGUUAACCAUAAAUUUCGUUUACUAACAUUUGGAUGCGUCAACGGUGAUGUGGCUGCGUAUCACCUUGACGAUGCCGAUGGUUCACUUGUCCAAACUUUUCGAGUUGCUCUCAAGGUUCAGAAUGGUCCAGAUGUAGUAAAUCGCGUAGGUAGCGUAUCCGAUAUAAAAGUGUUAACCAAUGGAGGGGCUUUCGUCGCUGUCUGGUCUUCGAAGAAAUCGCCCAUGAGCAAUGGUGCAGAUUUUGCUGGCAUUUCCCAGUUGCCACCUACAUUUGCAGUGUUCACUCCAUUCGGGACGCAAACCGAAGGAGCUCAAGCUGUUUCGUAUACCUCAGUGGAUUGGGGACCUGAAGGAUACCACAUCUGGUUAGGUCGCAGUGAUGGCUUAGCGAUUUUUCCAAUGGCUAGAUCUGCUGCGCUAUGGAAUCCAGUUAUGGACCAUGCAGAUCAUGUGGUGUUACUCUGCAGUUCUCGGGUUUUUAUUAGUCCGCAGAGAGAUCGAGAAGGUGUUGCAAGUGCUCCUCAUGCUGUCUGGACAACACUUAAUUCUCCGCACGAAUAUAUUGCUUCGAAUUGGCCCAUACGUUAUGCCGCCGUGAAUUUGAACGCUGCGAAAACUCUUGUUUUGGCCGGAUUACGAGGUCUAGCGCAUUGCAAUCUUUCAUCUGGUAGAUGGAAAAUUUUUGGCAACGAAAGUCAUGAGUCUUCAUUAAUGGUAACAGGAGGUGUCUUUGUAUGGAAUGGUAUGAUAGGCGUGGCGUGCUACGAUAUGAAUUCCAUUCGUGAACAACUUCGAUUCUAUCCAAUUAAUAAGAAACUUGAUAAUCGAUUUGCCUCUACAUACAAUCUGGAGUACCGUGUCAUUAUGAUGUCGUUGAGAGGUGACGCACUGGUGACGUUCGAUGUCGAUGGAAGAAUAUUAAUUUAUCAUUUACGGUCAAAUAGCAAAUUGGAGAAUGUUGAGAAAGUUUCUACGGAUCGUGUUGCUGAAGUUCGUGUCGGCGAUUUGGUAACGCAUCCGGCUUGCCUGGUUUCUAUCCAUUUAACGAAACUGAGUUUAGAAACUUCAGCAUCAUCGCUUUUCUCUGAUGUGGGCACAGUUCUUAUUAAUGUUUCUGGACGCUUAUUGACGCUUAAUCCCCAUAAAUCGGCAAAAGAUGACGAGUCGGAUGAGUCGUACCAGUUGAGUCAACCAAUAAUGGUAGCUUCGUUCGUGGAGAAGGUAUGGCAUUACCGCGCUGUCACAGAGAAAGAGCCGUAUGGCGUUCCUCAUCUUUUGAAUGCUCUAUGGAUCAAUUGCGGAUCACGAGGAAUGAGGGUUUGGUUACCACUUAUAUCUGCUCGUCGUGGUAUAGUCACUCAGGACACCUCUUUCAUUUCCAAAAGGAUAAUGCUUCCUUUCGAACUGGAUAUAUGUCCUAUAGUGAUAUGUUCAAAUGACUGCCUGGCUGUUGGUGUGGAAAGUUUACCGUUUGUUUCUUAUAACGGUUCGAAAAGAUCAGCUGCCGUAUAUACUUUGCAUCGAAAUAGUGAGGUGUUCGCUCACCAUAUCCUUCGUCAGUUAUUAAAAAGAAAUCUCGGAGUUUUCGCUUUGGAAGUGGCAGCAGCGUGUCGUCAAUUACCACAUUUUGCUCAUUCUCUGGAAUUGCUUCUGCAUGGAGUUCUGGAAGAAGAAGCCACAAGUAGCGAGCCAAUACCCGAUCCACUACUCCCACGAUGUGUUGCAUUCAUACAGGAAUUUCCCGAAUUUCUUCGAACAGUUGCUCAUUGUGCACGAAAGACAGAACUCGCUUUAUGGUCGUCACUAUUCAGCGUUACUGGUUCCCCAAAUGAUCUUUUUGAGGUAGGGAAAAAUCAGAAGGUUGGUAAGCCUACGUUUCAGCAAGCGCUUCGUCUACUCCGAGAAGCUUUAUCUGCAGGUGAAUGGGGUAUUGCAAAAGAUAUGGUUCGGUUUACACGUGCUAUAGGAUUAGAAGAUAUGGAAACUCCUGCUAGAACCUCUCCACCGUUGAAAACAUCUCGCCGACAUGCCACGUCAAUAAAUAGUGUUGCAGAGGCCGACGACCUAGUGUUUGCUAGGUUUCAGGCUGGCGGAAGAAUAACAAAAAUUCGCCAUUCACAUGCGGAUUCCCGUGAUAUCUAUAGGAAGGAUUCCACAGGAAGCACUAAACGGAUAGCUAGACAUACCUCCAAUGAACUAAGUCCUCCAUCGCCAACACAAGCAAGCCCCAUUGCUGACAAAAUGGAUGCAAUUCUUGACAGUCAUGGUGUUUAUUUGCUAGAAAAUUAUUACGUCAGAGAUUUAGGUUUUUUCAUAUCUGCGCUCAAUCUCGACAUUUCACGUAUUCUAUCGCGUUCAUCGAGAAGACAUAUAGAAGACUUCUCGCUAGCGCUUACUCGCCUCCAUAGCCAAUUCGGGUGGCCGUAUCCAGUUGCGAACAAGAAAUUAGUCGAUCAGCUGGAAAAGCGCUUUGGCAACAUGCGUUACAGCCAAAGCUCGGCAUCUCUUAAUGGACUGAGUUUUUUCAUUGGAGAAACGUCUAAUUCUGGCUCGGUAAAAAGUCUCGCGCAAAUGACUCAGUUGAUUUCGUGGUUUUCCAUAUAUGGUUACAUCGAUUGGGUUUUCUUGUUAUGCGUUGUUUCACGAGAUGUUGUGCGGUUGCGACGAGAAAUCAAUGCGGAUUCAGUACGUAAAGCAGGUGUGGAUGCUUUUGAACACACAAUGUUCGGAUGUCAAGAGCUUAUUCGGUGGGCUACGCAGAAUUGGUUAAUAAAUCGAACGAUCACAACCAUUCUUCCAAGUUCUGAACUGCUAGGAGUUCUAUUCGUUGGUGACAUUAUUGUGAAUGUAAACGGAACACCAACUCCGGCUACAUCAGAUUUCUCAAAAGCUGUAAAUUCAAAACUACCAGGAGAUGUUGUCAUUGAAUAUUUACGUGAUGAAAUGUGUACUUAUGAAUUGAAGCAGAUUCCUCCACAAAAAGCCGGAUACGAGCAGUUUGAGAUAACACUGAUUUGGCGAUCUGGUGGUACUCCAAUCGGGCUUCUUAUUCACAGAGAUUUCUCAAAGCGUAUUGUGGUUGCAAUGGUUGAAAGUGGAUGUACAGCGUCAAAAGUGGUUAAAGCUGGUGACAGGUUACUGAAGGUGAACAAUAAAGAUGUCGCAGACAAAGAUCUCGCUAGAAAGGUGAGAAUUCAUGAAAUGAGUACUGAAUAG